AUGAGAAGAGAGAAUGCAACACAUAUAACUGAAAUCAUCUUAAUUGGAUUCCCCAACUCUUGGGAGGUAGAGAUCAUCCUCUUUCUGUUGUUCUUCAUCAUUCUAGUGGCAACAAUGAUUGGGAACACCAUCAUCAUAACUCUAAUAUCUAUUGAUUACCGCCUACGAUCUCCAAUGUAUUUUUUCCUCUGCAACUUGUCUAUCAUCGAAAUCCUUAUGACUCUGACAGUAGUGCCCAAAAUGAUGCAGAAUUUCUUAUUGGAAAGGAAGAACAUCUCCUUCUAUGGUUGUCUUACCCAGUCGUACUUCUAUUUCUUGUUUGGCACCUCUGAAUAUGUUCUACUGGCUAUGAUGUCAUAUGAUCGGUACGCAGCCAUAUGCUAUCCACUUCGUUACAGCACCAUCAUGACUGGGAAAGUAUGUAUUAAUAUGGUUGUUGGCUCUUGGUUGAGUGGGUUCUUCUCCAUACUUGUCCCCACUGUGAUGAAGCUGGGCUUGCCCUACUGUGGCCCGAAUGUGAUCAAUCACUUUUUCUGUGACAGUGCCCCUUUACUCCACUUAGCUUGUGCAGACAUCCGUCUGGUUGAGUUUAUUGACUUCAUAGUCUCCCUUCCCAUUCUUCUGGGUUCUCUUUUCCUGACCGUGAUCUCUUACUUUUACAUUAUAAGCACCAUUCUUCGGAUCCCUUCUGCCACGGGAAGACAAAAGGCUUUCUCCACUUGUGCUUCCCAUUUCACAGUGGUUACCAUUGGCUAUGGCACCUCUGUCUUCAUCUAUGUGAGGCCUUCCCAAGCUCAGUCUAUGAAUCUCAACAAAAUUGCCUCUCUGGUCACCACUGCAGUGACACCCAUGCUCAAUCCCAUCAUAUUUACCUUUAGAAAUCAGAUAGUCCAAGAGGUUUUCAGGGACUCAGUUAAGAAGUACAUAGGGAUAAAAAAAUAA